AUGUUGCUUAGAGCAGUUGCUUGGUUACUGAGAUUCAUAACAUAUUGCAGACGACAUCACUUGACUUUGAAUGAACAACCAAAACGAGGAAAUCUUACCGUUUCCGAGAUAAAGAACGCAACUUACGCUAUAGUACGACAUAUACAGAACUCAAGCUUUAAACAGGAACUGAACGAUAUUAACAAAGGAAAUCCUGUAAAAAGAGACAGUAGAUUAUCUACAUUAAACCCCAUACUUGUUAAUGGACUAAUCCGUGUAUAUGGAAGAAAUACCCAUAAAGAAUAUGAUACGUGCCCGAUUAUCCUUCCGCACGAUAGUCACGUGACAGAAUUGAUUAUUCGUCAUUACCAUAAUUCAAACGGACAUGUUAGUAAACAACAUGUACUUGCUGAAACACGGACGAAAUACUGGAUAUUAAAGGGACCCAGUACUAUAAAGAAAGUUAUCAGAGAUUGUUUUAUAUGUAAGCGACAACACAGUCUACCUCUUAGGCAACAGAUGGCGCCCUUGAUCAAAGAACAGACGACCCUCGAUAAACCCCCAUUCACCUAUGUCGGUGUAGACUACUUCGGCCCUUUGAUAGUGAAAUCAGGUAGAACUUGGUUAAAAAGAUACGGAUGUCUCUUUUGUUGUCUAACUACAAGAGCAGUCCACAUCGAAAUAGCACACAGUCUAACAACUGAUUCUUUCAUAGCUGUUUAUCAACGCUUUACAAGUCGUCGAGGGUAUCCAGAAAAGCUAUAUAGCGAUAACGGAACGAAUCUUGUUAGCGGAGACAAAGAGUUAAAAAGCUCAAUAAAACAAUGGAACCAGUCUAAAAUCGAACAACUUCUUGUGCAACAUGAUGUAGACUGGCACUUUAACCCACCCUAUGCCAGUCAUAUGGGCGGGUCAUGGGAACGCUUGAUAAGGUCAACGCGUACUAUUCUCAAAGCUGUUGUGAGAGAACAACUCCUUACAGACGAAAAGUUAUUGACCCUGAUUGCCGAAACUGAACGAAUAAUCAACGAUAGACCCAUAACUAAUGUAAGCAGUGAUCCGAGGGACCUACCGGCACUCACGCCAAACAUGCUUCUUUUAAUGAAGUCUAAUCCUUGUUUACCAGUCGGCAUUUUUAACAAAGGAAGACAUCUAUAG